ACUACAAGUUAUUACAAAACUCCAACCUUUUUUCAACGUCAACAACUUCAAUCUUCCCAAACUUAUUUGGUUCCAUCUACUUGCACCUGAGGUAAUCUACCAGAAAAGAAAAGUAAUCAAAACAUCGUUACAUUAGUAGCGAUUUCUACCUUCUGCCACAUAUUUCUCCAAAAUAUCAUCGGGGUUCGUAAGAACUCUAGACUUUACGUGACGGUCGCAGAUCCGUAGUCGCGAUAGAUCCGUUCAUCAAAUCUUUCAUCGUAGCCCAGUAUCUGGAAUCGAGUUGGUGAAGAAUCAAAUCAUAGAGAGUAAUCUAGAUUUAUUGUCACCUCAUCGAUAACAAUUCGUCGCGUUGAUUUGAAGAACUGAGUCCAUAUCUUCAGUGGUUGAGGAGUCAUAUUCAAUAUGUCUUCCCCAGUAGCAGAAUUAGAAGCUGGCCUUCAAGCCAUGGUACAAUUGAAACCCCCUGGUGUAUCAGGAUCUCGAAUUCAAAGCCUGACAAACCUCUGCACCCAAAAUAUUCAGGUAUGCGAAUGAUCCAAUGUUCCCAAACUUCCAUCUCCACCAUCACCCUACCGCGGCUCUCCCAUCUCUCUCCAUCUCCUUAUCUGCGAGCUGUAGCUAAUAUCCUAUUCUCUUUGUAGCAAGAAUCCGCCUUGGUUCAGAAAUUAUAUGUUCACUUUAAGAAGACACCCGGAACACACAAACUUGGCACCCUCUACGUCGUAGACUCUGUAACUCGAAAAUGGACCGAACAAGCCAAACUUGCUUCACAAACCAUAAAUAGUUCUGCUCCGGAUGGUACAUAUGCUGCUGGUGUACAUAAAGUAAAGGAAUUGCUCCCCGCUUUUAUGAACGACAUAAUCCAAUCUGCUCCCAAUGAUCAAAAGGUACGCCAGUAUAUUCAAAGUGCUCGAACUGAGUAGUUUCCAGCAUAGCUAUGUCCUAUGUCUGCGUGAAAAUUUGCUUCCAAGAUAUCAUACAUAUUCCUCAACCGAGAUAUCAUUGUGCACCUUCUUUAUUCACUGUUCCCCCAUAUGAAUUCCUACUUACUUGACAUUUCUUGUUAUUGUAGGACAAGAUUAGAAAAUUAGUUGAUAUCUGGGAAAAAGGACAAACCUUCCCUUCUCAAAUGUUGAAUGGAUUUAAAGAGAAGUUGGAUGCAACAAAUGGUAAGAUUGUCACAUAUGAUCCUGAUAGAAGACCAUGUUGUCGUGUAUCUAACCAUAAUUCACCCACCAUGUAGAAAGUACAACACCCACAGGAAGUCCUCCAAGUCUUCAAGCAACUUUGGGUUUACAACCAAAUUCAUCAACCUCGACUAUGGCACCUCCACAAACAGCAUCUGCGCCCCCUAACACAUCAUCGAUUUUAGCAGCUCUUGCAACUAUGGCGAAUACUGCCCGUCAAAAUCCUACUCCAACUCCAGUUGCUUCUGCCCCACCUGUUAAUCCAUACAAUGUAUCACAUGCGCAGAAUAAUCCUACUCAACCACCUCAAGCAUUAAACCAGAGUUUGCCCUUCUCGGUUGCUCCUCAACCUGUAAACGCCCCAGCUACUUCGAUGCCUGCUUAUGGUCAAGUUCCAAGUAAUGGAAUCCCGAACUUUGCCAGUAAUCCAAACCCUUUCCCAGGUGCUCCACCAAUGAAUCCUCCCGGUAAUCUCGAUCCAGCUACGCAACAGCAGGUAGCUUUAAUCAAGGCACUUGCGGCAACUGGUGUUCCAGCUGAACAAAUCGCUGGUAUUUUAGCUGCUAUGGGUAAUCAAGGAGCUGCAGCUGGCGUGCCACCUCCGUUUGCUCAAAAUCAAAAUACUCAUACUCAAAAUAAUUGGGGUGUCAGAGAUGAUGCACGUGACCGAAAUGGUUUCCAUGAUUCUAUGAGAUCACCACCUGGUCGUUAUCGUCGUCGUUCUAGAUCUCCAUCUCCUCAACGUGGUUGGGGUGGCCGUGAUUCUCCUAAUGCUCGUCGUCGUGAUGAUUUUGAUAGAGAAUCUCCAGCACGUUUGAGAGGUGCUGAUGAUCGCGGUAGAGGUGGACGUGGCCGAGGUAAUGAUUACCGGCAACGCAGCCCCCAACGCCGUCGCAGCAAUACACCUCCUAGAUCAAGUACCGGUGGACCAAAAUGGGUUGGACAUGAUGCAUCAAUUGGUAAAGGAAAUAUCAAAGGUAAGUUAUCAUUUCUCUUGUAUUUUUGAUCGAAACAAUUCUAACAGAAUGUACAGUUCUCAGUCGCACCUUGUUCGUUGGUGGAGUUACGUAAGUCAAUGCCUAGUCUUUAUCACUUCGAAUGUUGUCUUUCGAAGAUUUGAUUUGUCCAUACUGACUUUUUAAAGUUCUUCCGAACACGAAUUGAAAUCACUCUUCAAUCAAUAUGGCGAUGUGCAAACUUGUAUUGUCAACAAGGAAAAGCGCCACGCUUUUGUUAAAAUGGUUAGUCGCGAGCAUGCUGUCAAUGCCAAGGAGGCCAUGGAAAAGAACCGAAGUCCUGACUCUUCGUUGAGGGUAUGUACAUCACAUAUAAAUACCUUCCGUCAAAUUCUUUGCUAACGUUAAAUUCUAGACUCGUUGGGGGGUAGGUUUUGGGCCACGCGACUGCAGUGAUUAUCAAACAGGUAUCAGCAUCAUCCCAAUUAGCAAACUUACAGAUGCGGACCGAAAAUGGAUGCUCAAUGCAGAAUAUGGUGGCAGUGGAGGUCAAGAAAUUGAACCUGGCAUGGUUGUCGAAGAGCCUGAUAUUGAAAUUGGUCAAGGUGUUUCGUCCAAGGCAAUCAGUCGUCGCAUGCAAACCGACAAUGGUGGAAAGAAUGGUCCAAAAUCUGGUCGCGAAUAUGAGGAGGAUGAGAGACCUCGUUAUCGUCGUGAUCGAGAUGAUCGUCGGGAUGAUCGUCGGGACGAAGGUCCCAAAUUCCCCGCCAACACUGUUCCACCUGUCAUGCCACCAUUUCCGCUGGGCUCAUUUCCUUACCCUCUCCCGACUCUUCCUAAUGGGCUGCCAAUGUUCCCUCCUGGAUUUGCCUUCCCUGGUCAACAGCCACCACCACCACCGGGUACAUGAUCCAGCUCAACACUUCGUCAAUAUUUCGUACAAUAAUUCCGUCGGGGCGUUUUACUUCACACGAUUCAUAUGACGCAUUUUUGUGGUGUUCAGGCGUACAAGGUACGUCGAUUAUGGCCCUGGUUUGCCACCUGGAAAAAAUAUUCGGUGUCAUAAAAUCAUGAGCAAACAGGAUCACAGCAUAGCAGUCAACAAAUAGGGCAGUGCAUCGUUUGGAUGACUUCCACGUUACGCAUGUACACCUGCGUUUAUCAACUUUUUUUCUUUCAUAUUUUUGUAGCUAGCUAUCCUACCUUCCUACUACUUUCUUAAUACAAAUACCCAAAUCUAUGAAUACUUAUAUCUGUUUU